UUUUUGUUAAAAAAUCACUAGAUUAAUUUAAAACGCUUGCCCCCUACGAAAACUUAUCAGUUUUGUUAAGCAAAAAAUUCUCAAAGCCCAAGUCUCUUGCUUUGGCAGCCCUGGGAUAAAUAACACAUAGGUAUCGAUGUUAAGAGCAGGUAUCGGUACCAAUACCGAUACCUGUAGAUAUCUAAGUAUCAAGUACCUGAUAUCGAUACCUGCCCAUCAUUAGUUUCCACUACCACACGCUUGUCGGCUUGGGCUUGAGAGGUGACAACGUCUUCGUGAGACUGAAUAGAAUCUACUAAUUUUUACUAUAGCCUACGGCAUUGGCUUGGUAACUUAUUAGAUCUAAGAACUAGGUCAUGACCCACUACCCAUGCAACGACUACAAGAUCUGGGAGAGCCUUGAUCUAUGAUGAAUGAACAACACCAGUGAGAAAAGAGCCCUCACUUUUAGGAUUUCACUUUGAAAGAAAUAACAGCUGAGAUCAAAACAAGCCUAAGAAAUGGGGGAUGAUUAUGUGCUGAAGGACACAACUGGGAAGGUGAAGUUGGAGAAUCUGAAGAUCAACGAGAACCCCAGAUUUAUUACUUAUCUCUACCCAGGAUUCGGUUAUGGCGUCUAUGAUCGCAACAAUCUUCCAGGAAUUCCCCAACUUUUGCUUUAUCUGGUCGAGUCGCGGUCUUCUGGGUUGUAUAACAUUAAGGAUAAAAAUGGAAAAGGUUUUCUCGACUGGUUCGACGUUGUGAAAGAUGGCACGUCUUUUGUUGGGGCCGCGGAGAUCGAAAUGUCCAGAGGACUGUACGAAAGAUCGCUUAGAUCGUCAAACCUGGAGGUCAAGGUCUCCCUGGGGCAAGUCGGAAGGACAUCUUUGGUCGUAGCCUCGCAGCUAUUUUCUCCAGGUGAGUCCACGCCAGUGGUGAGCCAGGUGUACCGAGAGGUUCUCAUAGACUCUGCUUCAAGAAAACCCGCCGUUAUACCCACGUGGUUCCGAGAAAGAUUUGAGGGUAAAGGAACGUUGGAAAAUGUUCCGUUUGUAGUGGAGAAGUUUGAGAGACCCACAAGAACCUUUAUGCAGUCCUUUACUAUAUCGUGGCUGGAUACAGAUGCCAACGGCCACACAAACUUCACCAUCUAUCCAAGGUUUGCCAUAAACGCCUUGCACCAUGCCCUUUUCCUGAAGUCCAAGUCUUUAGGAGACAGACACAACAAGGGAGACGAAACCAGUUUCCAAAUCUCCGAGUCCCUUCAGAAGUCGUGGCAUGGCGACUUAUCAGCUGUUGAUGGGAUGUCUGAGGAAAUCGUUAAAUGCGGGUUGAAAAAUUUCAAAAUUAAUUUUAUUAACGAGUGCAAGCAAGGAGAUACUGUGCUCACUCAUAUCUGGACGCCCGACAAGGGCAAGUUUCUAAUAAAGUGUUCGAUAGAGAAGCCAGAUGGAACUCGUUUGUGCCAGAUUGUUCUGGAAUAUUUUGGACCAAGCUCACGUUUAUGAUAGUAAAGCUCUAGUCUAGUGUUUUAUUGGAUGUACCCAGGAUUUCUUUCCAAAGAUGUUGUUAUAUAUGAGGCAGCGUGGUGGAAUCAGGCGCUCGUCAAAAUACUCAAAGUGAAGACAUUUGCAUUUUUCCG